AUGGCCGAACGGGUAACCAGAAACAGAGAGUCUGACCCGGGAGACCUCGACCGAGACCUCGACCUUGCCACUGGUAUCGGUGUGGUCAUCAAUAUUGGCCACGGAUGCGACCACCUCACAACAAGCAACAGCGUGUCUGGGUCACAUACUCGAAAUUUCCACAUCAUGGAUGGUGGAAGCAAUAAUCACAUGGGCAAUGACUCCCAUAACGACUCGAUGGCCAUCUCCGGCACGAUUGAUGGGCCCAACUUGACUCCUCACAUGAGAAACCCCAGCGAGGUUCGGGCGAGGUCGGUGCCAGUGGCACCCAGGCCGCCCCCGGACCAGACCACAAGCGACUCACCGAGUCUACUCGAUCCGCCUUCAACCUUUCGUCUCAGGCCGCCCUACCAAGCAUCGACCGGACGGCCCCGCUCUGAAAGCAUACUGUCCCCUCCACACCUGCAAGAGCCUGAAAUUCCCAAAUCACGAAGAAAUUCGCUCUCUGUGUUAGCAAAGACCGAGGCCAGGCCUGCCAACUUCCCCCCACAAAACGCAGGACAGUGGCCUCAUACGGCCAUGUUUCCAGGCCACACCGUCUUAAACCUUGCCCACCCCCCAUAUAUCGACAAGCCACCGCACCAGGAUGUCGCAAUCCGGCACAUCCACUGCGAACCGGAAGCAUCACUGCAGAUGGACUGGAUCGACAACCAGCUCGUCGGACGGGUCAUCGAGCUGUCGGUAGAGGACACCCACCUCCACCGCCGUACCAUGGUCGCCAUGGCCAUCUCCACAGGAGUCAGGUUCCUCCAGUGUUUGGAUAUCUGCCGCCACCCCGAGAUGCUCAGAAACAGCGCGGGGUUCUACGAGACGCAUGUCGCCGUCGUCGAGAAGAGUGGGGCCGAGGGUCUGCUCAUCCCCGGCGACGCGGCUGUUGUCAUAGACCGGCCGGAGAUGUACGCCUUGAGGAGACACUGUUUAAGCAUAGCUGGGAGUGACCCAAGCUUGCGAGCGGCGCUCCCGGCUGCGGUUAAGUUCAAUACCGUAAAUCUGUAA